UUCGAAACUUAAUUAUUCACUGAAUAACCUUGUGAUUCACAUUAAAAGAUUUAGUUUGUUUAACUUCCUGUUUGUAUUUUUAUCUAAUGAUAGGUGUUUACUGAAACACAGGCGACACAUUCAGAAGUUUAGUCUUGAUUUUUUAUUCAAUUGUCAAGAUGGGGUCUUCAAUCUCUCAUGAAACCUAUGAAUCUAUCAAUGAGGAUUUUUAUGAUGGAAAAAAGUAUUAUGCAAAAUUUACGGAGGAUUAUUUUGCUGAGGGUGCCUGUCGUUAUGCCUUCAUGGGUACUUUGUAUGGAAAAGGACCACGAAACAAGACCAAAUGCGUUACAAAAGUGUUCAAGGAUGAGGCAGCGAGUAAAUUGAAGAACUGGGUACCGGAGAUAGCUGCAAGUAAGCGAGCGUUCAGGUAUGCGCAGCAUUUUCAAGAGAAUUACUUCCCGAGAAUAAGCGGAUCAGCUUCUGAAAUUGAAUUUCUGAUACCACUUCUCGCACAAAUGAAGAAUAUAUCAGGCAUAAAUCUCCUCUGGUUUAUAGAAGCAUUUAAAGAUGAACGAUAUGUUAAAAAACGAAGCAUGGUCGCAAUAGAACCGUUCAUUGAGGGUUCUUAUGAGAAGUUCAACUCCAAUGGCGGAUAUGAGAAACAAGGUGGUCUUCAUAGUAUAGUAAAUACGUUUAGUCAUUGGACAUGGCAUGUUAGUGGACACAAAUACAUGGUCUGUGACCUGCAGGGCGUGAAAUCGGGAAGAAAAUACAUUCUUACAGAUCCAGCUAUUCACUCAGCAGGCAGGGAGUUCGGAGCCACAGAUCUUGGUGCUUUUGGGAUGGAAAGAGUUCUUGGAAAUCACACAUGCAACAAUUUUUGCGAGCAACUUGGUCUUGGAAACCCGUACACGGGGAUACCUGUUGCAUCAGGACCUAGGUCAACAACUUAUAGUUUCCAAGUGACGGAAGAAGACAUGAUGAGAGCCGACCAAAGAAGGGCCUCUCUGUAUCCAUAUUUACCAGCUAUAUUCGAAUAAGGGAUGCUUACAAACUUACGAUACAAAAAUAUGAACUCAAUAGAAAAAAACACUUCAAAGAUAUUGUAGUAUAUCAUUAUAUAAAUAAUAAUCUUAUCGAUUUUCAGUGCAAAACAAAGGUUGCUCUAACAUGUAUAAGUAGUUAUUACGUGUACUAUGUUUAAAUUCUAUGUAAGUGGUCUGCUGAGAUUAGAUGAUAUUAUUAAACCGAAGUUUACUUUGAAUAUCAAAAAAGAAACCAUAUCUUUACAGAUAACGAAAAUUGUAAUGAGAAAAAUGCUUCUAAAAUGUAUGACAAUUAAUCGUAGGUUUCUACAUGCAUUUUACGCAUUGUAAAAUGUACUUGUAUAAACUCUGCUGCACCAACUUAUUUAUUUUCUGCUUUAACUUUUGUAAUAAAAAUAAAAUAAAUACACCAUAAAUUACUUUCUAAAAAAAAAAAAAAACACGUAAAAAUAUCCAUUUCUGUUAUCUAAAAUUUGAAAUCUUUUCAAAAGAGAAAGUUUUUUGGGGGUCAUUUUGUAUCUUAAUGAGUUAAAAUUGGGAUACGUUAUAAUCUGUGGUAGGCAUGAAGAGGGUCUACAAUAAGUUUCGAAGUCAUUCCGUGUAACCUUAAGAAAAUCACAUUUGUUUUUGCCAGCUAGUUUUUCUUGAAUAUCUUAUACUAGUAUUUUGCAUUACAUUACAAACAGAUAAACAAGAUAAUGUUGGUUUAAUGCAUGUUAUUGUUAUUUUUAAACCUUGACAAGGACUAUGAUAUGUUUAAAGCGCAAGGCUAUUAUAAUUUAUCUAUAAAAAUGUAACCCUACCCCACCCACUUUUAACACUUAUUUGAUUAUUUCCCUAUAUAAAAAGCCUUAUACAAAAUAUCCCUAAAAUUUAGCACAAUAAGGGGCUGUUUUCAAAGUUUGCCUAAAUGUUCUUAAAAGGAUAUUAGUUCAUCGUGCUAAAUAUAAAAUACUUUUACCGUGUAGUUUUUAUUUUAUAAAACUUUGAAAAUAUCUGGAAUCAUAUUUGCUAUUUAAUUUGGCAUUAUUUAGCAAAUAAACUUAUGAUAAUUAUAUAAUUA